UCCCACUCUCACUCUCUCUCCACACCAAUUCAACUCAACACCCUUCCUUCUCUCUCCCUCUCUCUCUCUCUCUCUCUCUCUCUCUAAAAGUUCCGCCUGAGCUCUCAGAAUUCACACACGCAGGGUGACCAAGAUUGCUUCACAACCACCGGCGUCCAUGGCCUUGGAAGCUAUCAACUCCCCCACCGCAGCAGCGCCCACGUUCAAGUUCAUGGAGGAGCCCAUGAGCUCCCGCUUCAUGGAGCCCUUGAUCAAGCGCAAGCGCUCCAAGCGCCCCCACCACCCCCCCACCGAGGAGGAGUACCUCGCCCUCUGCCUCAUCAUGCUCGCCCGCGGCGGCGCCGCCGCCUCCAACAAGCCCAAGGGCCACGCUUCACCCGCUCCUCCUCCGCCGCCGACAAAGCCGGAAGAAGCGGCGGCAGCGACCGCGACGGCGACCGCAGCCCCCGUGACGGCGACCGCGGCCCCGGCGAAUAACUUGAGCUACAAGUGCGCCGUCUGCGGCAAGGCCUUCCCCUCCUACCAGGCCCUCGGCGGCCACAAGGCCAGCCACCGCAAGUCUGCCGCCGCCGCCGCCGCCGCCGCCGCGGUUGCCGGGGGCGACGAGCCCUCCACCUCCACCACGAACUCCGCCGCUAACUCGAGCGGGGUCGGGAGGUCGCACGAGUGCUCCAUAUGCCACAAGUCCUUCCCCACCGGCCAGGCCCUGGGCGGGCACAAGCGCUGCCACUACGAGGGCGGCGGCGCCAGCGCCUCCGCCAGCAGCGGGAUCACCACCACGUCCGAGGGCGUGGGGUCGGCGCACACGCUCGGGUACAGCAGCCACCGCAACUUCGACCUGAACGUGCCCGCGCUGCCGGAGUUCCCGACCGGGUUCCUCGUGUCGGGCGAGGACGAGGUGGAGAGCCCCCACCCGUCCAAGAAGCCGCGUUUCUUGAUGCCCCUGAAGAUAAAGCUUUCUCCGGAACACUGAAUCUUGGUCGUGCUUUUAGAAUUAGCAGUUCUAGUUACUUAGCUGGGGGCUUAGUGGAUCUUUUAAUCUGGAAUUUUUAGGUUGUACAUAGACUGCUCGAUCCUCGUUGGAUCUCAGUCUGCCUUGUUUUUUCAUUCUUUUGGAGUUGUAACACCUUAUGAAUUCUUCAAUAUUCAUCAUUCUUUUUCAUUCGAA